AUUGCCACGCUGCCAUGACCCUUCAACCACCAGCGCCGGCGUUGCUGGUGCCGGCCGUUUCUGCGCCGUUUCUGAGAGCGGUGCCGGUGCCACGGAGCUGCAGUGGUGGGCGCGGCGUGAAACGAGGCCUUGCAACGCGGCGAGUGUUGGAAGAUCCUAUGCAGGCCUUGCUGGGUCUGGGCGCUGCCUGGUGGGCCGUGAGCGCUGCGCAGAAGGCGUUGCAGCAGCGCCGCGUCGACGCGGCGGAGAAGCAGCGCCUUGAAUCCCUGGAGGAACGACGGCAGCGGGCCUACCUGGCACGGAGGAAGGAACCUUGGACCGCGGAAGAGCUGAAGAGAUACGACGGGGCCAUGGACGAGGAGAUGAUCUUCAUCCCCAAACACCAUCCCAGUGGGGAUGGCCCCAUCCUGGUGGGCUGCGAUGGCUUGGUCUUCAACGUUUGGCGCAGCAGCCACUUCUAUGCGCCAGGCUGCGAAUAUCACAUCCUGGCGGGUCGAGAUGCGGCCCGUUUGCUUGCAAAGAACAAGCUGGAGGAGGAGACCGAGGAGGAAGCGAAGCAAGAGCUGUCCUUGGCGGAACGGGCCUCCCUACAGGCGUGGCUGCUCAAGUUUAAGUCCAAGCAUGAAGUGGUAGGUACCCUUGAUAGGCCAAACAAGCUUUGAUGCUCGCGCUGAAAAUGACCUUUGGAGAUGGACGCGGAUGUGUUCC